CACAUCGCAAAAUCUCUCAGCUUUCUCUGCCUUCUUCCGCGCCUCCGCCGUCGUCGCCGUCGCCGUCACCGUCACAGCUAGCACGGUACUGUAUUUUGAGUUUUAGAGAAGGGGCAGCCAUGGUGUGGUGUAACCAUUGUGCCAAGAAUGUUCCCGGAAUUCGCCCCUUUGACGGUGGUUUGGCAUGUGAUUUAUGUGGGAGGAUAUUGGAAAACUUCAAUUUCUCUACUGAUGUUACAUUCGUUAAGAAUGCGGCUGGACAGAGCCAAGCGUCUGGUAACAUUGUGAGGAGUGUUCAGAGUGGGAUUUCAGUCUCACGUGAAAGGAGAUUGAGAAUAGCUAAAGAUGAGUUAAGGAAUUUGAAAGAUGCCUUGGGAAUUGGUGAUGAAAAAGAUUAUUUGAUUGAGACGGCUGCCAAAUUCUUUGAAAUGGCACUUCACCAAAACUUCACUAAAGGGCGCAGAACUGAACUUGUACAGUCUUCCUGUCUCUACUUGACUUGCAGGACUUGCAGGACAGAGAAAAUUCCGUUACUUCUUAUUGAUUUUUCAAGCUACCUUCGAGUUAGCGUUUACGAGUUAGGUUCUGUCUACUUGCAACUCUGCGAAUUGCUGUACCUUGUGGAAAACAGGAACUAUGAGGAGCUUGUUGAUCCUUCAAUCUACAUUCCUCGAUUCGUAAACAGCUUAUUGAAAGGUGCAAACAAUAUUCCAAAAAAUUUCUUGAAAACGGUUACAAGCAUUAUAUCUAGUAUGAAGAGAGAUUGGAUGCAGACCGGCCGGAAACCAAGUGGAAUAUGUGGAGCAGCAAUUUACAUAGCUGCACUUUCUCAUGGUAUCACGUGCUCUAGGGCAGAUAUUGCAAAAACGGUGCAUAUGUGUGAAGCAACAAUAACCAAAAGAUUGAAUGAGUUUGCUAAUACCGAGGCUGCAAGUUUAACUGUUGAUGAGCUUGAUAAAAGCGAAAACAUAUUGCGUAAACAAACUUAUACCCGAACAUCAAAUUCUGACGAAGGAGUAGUGAACUGUAAACAUAAGGAUUUAAAACCUUUUGGUUAUGGAUUAUGUAAGGACUGUCACGAUGAUUUCAUUAAAAUUUCUGGUGGAGUUGUUGGUGGGUCGGAUCCUCCUGCUUUCCAGCGAGCAGAGAAAGAGAGAAUGGAAAAAGCGGCUAGAGAAGAAAACGAGGGAGGAACUGGUAGCUAUGAACAAGUAAAUGUAAGCCAAAGGGAAAAACAAUGUCAGGAGAAAGGAGAUGGAGAAAUAGAUGGGGCGUCGGAUGAAUCAGGCAACCUUUCUGACGCCGAUGAUUCUGAGGUGGAUGAUAUUCUUCUUGAUGAGAAAGAAACGCAGCUGAAGACGAUGGGCUGGAAUCUAGAAAACAGAGACUAUCUUAAGGAGCAAGCAGCGAAGGAAGCAGCCCGGAAGGCUUUAAACUCGGGCAACCUUGACGAAGCUUCUAAAGCAGCCGUGGCGAAAUCUAGAAAGGAAAAGCGAGAAAAACGUGCUGAGGAAGCAAAGAACGCGCCUCCACCAGCUACAGUCGGGGAAGCAGUUCGACGAACACUUGAGAGGAAGAGACUCAGUGGGUUAAUCAACUACAAUGUCCUGGACGAGCUCUUUGAUACUAAUUGCCCAGCUGAGAAGUCACAGAAGAAAUCGAAAACCGAGACAGUGACAGAGAAGAACAAGGAAGAGCAUGAGACUGUUGAAGAUGAAGAAGAUGAAGAAGAUGAAGAACAUGAAGAACAUGACGCAGCACCAUACGAGAUGAACACAGAUGAGAAAUUCUAUGAAGACCAAAUGGAAGAAGAGGAAGAGGAUGGUUAUGAUUUUGGAUUGUAUUAAGAGAUGAUAUUUUAUACUUGUAUUGUAUAUUUUGAUUCUUGAGUUUUGACACUCAAUUUGGGUAGAGUGAAGAUUAAUCGAGGGUACUAUGGUUUGGAAGAACA